AGCGGCGCCGCAGCCCGGGCUCCCGGGCCGGCAUGAGGACGGCCGCCGGGGGACGAGUGCGGCCCGCGGGGCCGUAGCCUGCGUCGCGCCGGGGACAAAGAAGCCAUGCAGUGACACCGCUAAGACUUGUUGGUAGCCAUGUCGGAGCCCCACAGGGUCCAGUUCACCUCUCUCCCAGGUUCUCUGAAUCCCACAUUUUUGAAGAAAUCCCGGAAAGAGGAGGUUGGGGGAGCAGAACAGCCUCAAGACUCUGAGCCGGCUGCAGCAGCUGUUCGGAUUACACUCACCCUCUUUGAGCCAGAUCACAAGCGCUGCCCAGAGUUCUUCUACCCAGAGCUGGUGAAGAACAUACGAGGGAAGGUGAAAGGCCUUCAACCCGGAGACAAGAAGAAAGAUCUCUCAGAUCCUUUUAAUGACGAAGAAAAGGAAAGGCAUAAAGUGGAGGUGCUUGCCCGGAAAUUUGAAGAAAAAUAUGGUGGAAAGAAACGUAGGAAAGACCGAAUACAGGACUUGAUUGAUAUGGGGUAUGGUUAUGAUGAGUCUGAUUCCUUCAUCGACAACUCUGAGGCGUAUGAUGAGCUUGUUCCUGCUUCUCUGACUACAAAGUAUGGAGGAUUUUACAUUAACUCGGGAACCCUGCAGUUUAGACAAGCAUCAGAAUCUGAGGAUGACUUCAUUAAAGAAAAGAAGAAAAAAUCUCCAAAGAAGCGGAAGUUGAAGGAAGGUGGUGAGAAGAUAAAGAAGAAGAAAAAAGAUGACACUUAUGACAAGGAGAAGAAAUCGAAAAAGUCCAAGUUUUCCAAAGCCGGCUUCACAGCCCUCAAUGCCAGUAAGGAGAAGAAGAAAAAGAAGUAUUCUGGGGCUUUGAGCGUGAAAGAGAUGUUAAAGAAAUUUCAGAAGGAGAAGGAGGCUCAGAGAAAGAGGGAUGAAGAGCAUAAGCCUGUGGCGGUCUCAUCGGCAGAAGCUCAGGGCCUACGGGAAUUGGAGGGUGCCUCUGACCCCUUGCUCUCGCUCUUCGGCUCCGCAUCUGACAACGACUUGCUCCAGGCAGCCACUGCCAUGGACUCCCUGACUGAUUUGGACUUGGAGCAGCUGCUCAGUGAGUCUCCAGAAGGAAGCCCCUUCCGUGAUAUGGAUGAUGAAAGCGAUUCCCUUGGGGUGGGACUGGACCAGGAAUUCAGGCAGCCCUCUUCCCUCCCUGAAGGCCUGCCCGCACCCCUGGAGAAGCGCAUUAAGGAGCUGGCUCAGGCUGCCAGAGCUGCUGAGGGAGAGAGCAGACAGAAGUUCUUCACCCAGGAUAUUAAUGGCAUCCUCUUAGACAUAGAGGUGCAAACUCGGGAGCUGAGUGGCCAAAUCCGUUCUGGGGUAUAUGCCUAUCUUGCUUCAUUCCUGCCCUGCAGCAAGGACACCCUGGUCAAACGUGCUCGAAAACUUCACCUCUAUGAGCAGGGGGGGCGUCUGAAGGAGCCUCUCCAGAAGCUUAAGGAAGCCAUUGGCAGGGCAAUGCCAGAGCAGAUGGCCAAGUACCAGGAUGAAUGCCAGGCACACACACAAGCCAAGGUUGCUAAGAUGCUGGAAGAGGAGAAGGACAAGGAGCAGAGAGAGAGGAUUUGUUCUGAUGAGGAAGAAGAUGAAGAAAAGGGGGGCAGGAGGAUAAUGGGACCCCGCAAGAAAUUCCAGUGGAAUGAUGAAAUCAGGGAGCUGCUCUGCCACGUGGUGAAAAUAAAACUGGAGAGCUAUGACCUGGAGAGGAACAACAAGGCCCAGUCUUGGGAGGACUACGUGAAGGCGUUUCUGGAUGCUGAGGUCAAACCUCUCUGGCCCAAAGGCUGGAUGCAAGCCAGGACUCUGUUUAAGGAGAGCAGACGAGGCCACGGGCACCUGACAUCAAUCCUGGCCAAGAAGAAAGUAAUGGCCCCUUCCAAAAUCAAGGUGAAGGAAUCAUCUACGAAGCCUGAUAAAAAGGUUUCCGUCCCAUCAGGCCAGAUUGGCGGCCCUCUUGCUUUGCCUUCAGAACAUCCGGGAGGAGGCCUGAGCCUUGGGGCUGCGACCAGGGAGCUCUCAUCCCAGGCCUCUGGCAGCCUUGCUAAUCCUGCUCCUAUCAACCUGGAGGACUCGCUGAAUGGAGACUUGGUCCGUAAUUCAGCCUCCUCUCUGGAGGCUGUGUCCAAGGAACUGACCGCACUGAACAGCAGAGCAAGUGGGAGCUCUGAGUUCACACUGCCUGCACCCUCAAAGGCACCUGCAGAGAAGGUUGCAGGGGUUUUAUGUACAGAAGAAAAAAGGAACUUUCCGAAGCCCAGCCCUUCUGCCCCACCACCCUCCACCUCUCUGCAGUCACCCCUCAAUUUUCUGGCUGAACAGGCUUUGGCACUAGGGCAGUCCUCUCAGGAGAAAAAACCAGAGAGUUCUGGCUACAAAGAGCUGUCCUGUCAGGCUGCCCUCAGCAAGGGCCUGCCAGAAGUGCACCAGUCCAAAGCAAAACACCACGGUUUGCCACGGACGUCUCACGCGCCCCAGGCGGUAGCUCCCGUGCCCAGCCCUCAAGUCAAAGUCUUUCAUGCAGGCGCUCAGCAGCAAAAGAGCUUCACCCCCCCAGCUCCGUUUGUCAAUAAACUCCAGGGCCCAAAGCCUUCCUCCCCACAGUGUCACCGUUCCCUCCUCCAGCUAGUGAAGACAGCAGCCAAAGGCCAGAGCUUCCAUCCCUCCACGCCAGCCUCUUCAGGAGGCACGCCAGCCUCCAGCAGCAGCUCUCAUAAGACCCCAGCCUCGUCCUCCACUGCCCUGAGCCAUCCAGCAAAACAGCACUCAGCCGGCGCUUCAGGGCCUUCUUACAAGAAUAGUCACUUUGCUGGCUCUGUCUCCAAACAUGGGAUCUCUUCUGGCAGCUCUUCCUCUGGGGGAACACCAGUCCAGAGCUCUGCUUCCGGCAGCUUGGUCCCUGGUGUACAGCCUCCCUCUGCAGGACAGUCUGCCAGCCGACCUCUCCCAGGCUCCACAGUGAAAAAACCACCUGUCUCCCAGAAGCUGACCUUGGUGGCCCCUCCGGGUGGUCCAAAUGGAGAUUCUAGUGGUGGGACCCAGGGAGUGGCAAAGUUACUGACCUCCUCCCUGAAGCCCAGCGUGGUUAGCAGCGUGACAUCGUCUACCUCCUUGCCAAAAGGAACGAGUGGGGCUGUGCUGCUGACCAGCUCCUCGCCCUUAAAUCUGCUGUCUUCAUCCUACAAGUCAGGCAGCCCAAAGCUGCCCGGGGCCGUGAACUCAAACUCCCUGGGACUUCUCCCCCCAUUUCCUCUCCGUGUGCUCUCCUUUAGCACCGACUCCCCUGUCAAAGCAGGGGUCUCCAAGGAUGCCAUCGUCACAGGUCCUGCCCCUGGGACAUUCCACCAUGGCCUCAGCCCCAGUCUCCUGGCUGGCUUGCACUCCAGCCCGCCCCAUGCAGCGCCUCUCCCACACGCUGCCGUGUCCGCCCACAUCCCGCAGAGUCUGUCAGAUGCUUCUCAGCUUCAUGGGAAAGGGCCUGGUGUACCACGGAAAUUGUGACCUCUUCAGAGGAAAGGCCGGAAGCUGAACGAGUAGGUCUCAGAAAUUGGAUAAUCACUAUGCUCUUUCUGCCGAUUGGUUUUCUUCUGGAGAAGGUGUGAGUGCUAAGUGGAGCGUCUCUUGGCACUUGUGACGUGCCUUCAGCUAGGGGAGCAGCCCCGUCUUUCUCCGGAGGCACUGACUGGCCUGGUGCUCCGGGCCUCGUGGCUCUGUUAUGGACAAUCGUUGGAGGGGCAGCUCUAGGCUGGGGAGCGCGCUGGUUGUGUCUGAAGCUCUGGCGGCAGGGCAGAGCAGUUGGCACACCUGUGUGUUAAAUCUGUCCGACCCCCUGGCGUUUGGCCAGAGUACCUCACGGCGCCCUACUGGUCAGGGCUGUUUUUGGCCACAGUACGCUCCCUGGACGCUCAUGGUGUCCGUCCCAUCCUUAGGCUGUGUGCUCAACAGGAUAAAAACCUGGGCUGAUGCCACAGCUGGGAGACUUACCUUGUCUCUUGGAAAAAUACUCAGAACACCUAAUUGUGUGCUCAUCAUGGGGGCCAGUUU